UAGAUGGUAGCGCUUUCUUCGUCUGGGCUUCGUCUGUGUGGUUUAGCUCCUUCAAAAGGAACAACAAUUCCUGUUGGGUGUGAUUUUAGGCUAUUCCUUGACUAAGUGCAGUACUCUGCCCUUUAGCCUGGGCGGUGGCAUCUGACUGAAGCUGGGAGGCAGUCCAACCCUAGGCCAGUAGGAUUGGAAACUCUAGGGAGAAGCAGGGCGAGAGGCGUGGUGUGGGCGUGACCGUCUCAAGACCAGGCCACGCCUCCUUCGCCUCUCUGGGCUGCGCAAGCGCGUGGUGGGCUGUGAGCUGUCAGGAUCCUAGCAGCGGGAGGCAGGGAUCGGACAUCGGUGCAGGUACUCCGCCGUGUGAGCCCAGCACAGCGACAACCGGGACAAGUGUUUCGAGGCCUGGGCUGCCUGCCAGGUCACAGAGUCGAACAGGGACCUGUGGGGCAGUUGGCCGCACAGGCAAGAUGGGGAACCGGGAGAUGGAAGAGCUGAUCCCUCUGGUGAACCGUCUGCAGGACGCUUUCUCGGCUCUGGGACAGAGCUGUCUGCUAGAGCUGCCACAGAUCGCCGUGGUGGGCGGCCAGAGCGCCGGCAAGAGCUCAGUGCUCGAGAAUUUCGUGGGCAGGGACUUUCUUCCUCGAGGCUCAGGCAUUGUAACCAGACGGCCUCUUGUACUCCAGCUUGUCACCUCCAAAGCAGAAUAUGCCGAGUUUCUACAUUGCAAAGGAAAAAAAUUUACAGAUUUUGAUGAAGUUCGACAUGAGAUCGAAGCAGAAACAGACCGAGUAACAGGAGUGAAUAAAGGCAUCUCUUCUAUACCCAUUAACCUCCGAGUCUACUCUCCCCACGUGUUAAAUCUAACGCUAAUCGACCUACCUGGAAUUACGAAAGUGCCUGUGGGAGACCAGCCGCCGGAUAUUGAGUAUCAGAUCAGAGAUAUGAUUAUGCAGUUCAUCACAAGGGAGAACUGUCUGAUUUUGGCUGUCACACCAGCCAACACCGAUCUUGCGAACUCGGAUGCACUGAAGCUAGCCAAAGAAGUUGAUCCUCAAGGUCUGAGGACCAUUGGCGUGAUCACCAAGCUGGAUCUCAUGGAUGAAGGAACAGAUGCCAGGGAUGUACUGGAGAACAAGCUGCUGCCUCUUCGCAGGGGCUACGUGGGGGUGGUCAACAGAAGCCAGAAGGACAUAGAUGGAAAGAAAGACAUUAAGGCAGCCAUGUUGGCAGAAAGGAAAUUUUUUCUUUCUCACCCGGCAUACAGACACAUUGCUGAUCGUAUGGGGACCCCACACCUCCAGAAGGUCCUGAAUCAGCAACUUACCAACCAUAUUCGAGAUACCCUGCCCAACUUCAGGAACAAGCUACAGGGGCAGCUGCUCUCCAUAGAACAUGAAGUUGAAGCCUUCAAAAACUUCAAACCGGAAGACCCCACAAGGAAGACCAAAGCCCUGCUGCAGAUGGUCCAACAGUUCGCUGUGGACUUUGAGAAGAGAAUCGAAGGGUCAGGAGAUCAAGUAGACACCUUAGAGCUCUCUGGCGGUGCUAAGAUCAACCGCAUUUUCCACGAACGCUUUCCUUUUGAGAUAGUGAAGAUGGAGUUCAAUGAGAAAGAACUGAGAAGAGAAAUAAGCUAUGCAAUCAAAAACAUACAUGGGAUCAGGACAGGGUUGUUUACUCCAGAUAUGGCGUUUGAGGCAAUAGUCAAAAAGCAGAUAGUAAAACUGAAAGGGCCUUCCUUGAAGAGUGUGGACCUGGUAAUGCAGGAGCUGAUCAACACCGUGAAGAAGUGUACCAAGAGGCUGGCAAACUUCCCCAGACUCUGUGAAGAAACAGAAAGGAUUGUUGCUAACCACAUCCGUGAGAGAGAAGGCAAGACAAAGGAUCAGGUCCUGCUACUGAUUGACAUUCAAGUCUCUUACAUUAACACCAACCAUGAGGACUUCAUCGGCUUUGCAAAUGCUCAGCAGAGGAGCAGUCAGGUUCACAAGAAAAGCACAAUUGGAAAUCAGGGAACCAAUCUUCCGCCUUCACGGCAAAUUGUGAUUCGUAAGGGCUGGCUGACCGUCAGCAACAUUGGCAUCAUGAAAGGGGGCUCGAAGGGCUACUGGUUUGUCCUCACUGCAGAAAGCUUGUCCUGGUAUAAAGAUGAUGAGGAGAAAGAAAAGAAAUACAUGCUUCCCCUGGACAACCUGAAGGUCCGGGAUGUGGAGAAGGGCUUCAUGUCCAGCAAGCACGUCUUUGCACUCUUCAACACAGAGCAAAGGAAUGUAUACAAAGACUAUCGCUUCCUGGAGCUGGCCUGUGAUUCCCAGGAAGACGUGGACAGCUGGAAGGCGUCUCUGCUCAGAGCUGGGGUCUACCCAGAUAAAUCUGUAGGGAGCAACAAAACUGAAAAUGAUGAAAAUGGACAAGCAGAAAACUUUUCCAUGGACCCACAGUUGGAGAGGCAAGUGGAGACCAUACGCAACCUAGUAGACUCCUACAUGUCAAUAAUCAACAAAUGCAUCCGAGACUUAAUUCCAAAAACAAUAAUGCAUCUUAUGAUCAAUAACGUUAAAGACUUCAUCAACUCUGAACUCCUAGCGCAGCUCUACUCUUCUGAGGACCAGAACACUCUGAUGGAAGAGUCCGCGGAGCAGGCUCAGCGCCGAGAUGAGAUGCUCCGAAUGUACCAAGCCCUGAAAGAAGCCCUCGCAAUCAUUGGUGACAUCAACACGGCCACGGUGUCCACCCCAGCCCCACCUCCAGUCGAUGACUCCUGGCUCCAGCACUCCAGAAGGUCACCUCCUCCAAGCCCCACCACCCAAAGAAGGCUGACGAUAAGUGCUCCCCUCCCGAGGCCCACAUCUGGCCGUGGGCCAGCUCCCGCUAUCCCCUCUCCAGGCCCCCACUCUGGAGCUCCCCCAGUUCCAUUCCGUCCUGGCCCAUUACCUCCUUUUCCCAACAGCAGUGACUCCUUUGGAGCCCCUCCGCAAGUUCCAUCCAGGCCCACCAGGGCACCCCCCAGUGUUCCAAGCCGGAGGCCACCCCCAUCACCAACUCGCCCCACUAUAAUCCGUCCGCUAGAAUCCUCACUGUUAGACUAAACGAAGUGUCCGGCAUGGCAAUUAACCACUAAUGAUUUAUGCAAACGCAGCACAUUCGGUAACCUUUGCAGCUCAACCAUGAGUAGUCGCAUGUAUGGACCUCUAUAGGCAAGUAGCCAGUCUUACUAACGUGUUCACCAACUCAUCUUCAUUGCUCAUGGUAUGUCAGACCUUAGGGGUUUGACUCCGAAAACCUGCUAACCUGUAGAGAGGCUUAAAUAUGUUGUAUUGACCAAGGUAGUUUUAUACAGCAGUUCUAUACUUUGGUACCAUUUAUCUACCCAACAUAUAUCAGAAGUUGCUUUGGACGAGCUUUCUAAGCUGUCUACAGAGAAGUUUAUGAUGGUUCUUAACAGAUACAAGAGUGUGAGCUUGGAACCACACCGACCUUCCCCACAUUCUGUUUAGGGCCGCAGAAGCUCUGCUGUCUGAUGGUAACGCCACCCACCAUUCAGUCCGCAAUUGCUUAUUUAGGCUUCUCUCCCCCCUUAUUUCAUAGGACUGCUUAAAAACAAACAAAAAAAAACCCAAAAAAACAAAAACAAAGCAAGGUUCUUAAAUCAGCAUUGCUUAAGAUGGAAGCUUUUCAGGAGCCCAAGGCAGUCUGCGAAGGGCAAGUCCUCAGGGUUUGCCCUGGAGAGCCUCUCCUAGUGCUUAUGUGUUGUGCUUUGUGCUAGAAGCACAAGCAACAUCCAGGCAAAGCAUGAGGGGUUCUGGUAACUGAUUGGGUGGCAUGGGUAACUAACUCUGUUUAGUGAUUAUGAUUAUUAUUUUGGCCGAAAAAAGUUAAAUGUAUGGUAGCACAUGAUUUCUAUGGUUUAUAUAUAAAUGAUUAUACAAGAAUCCUUUAAAAAAAAAAGAUUUUAGUGUCUUCACCCAUUCCAGACUCCCUUAAAUCUUACAGCUUACUCUGACACACUUGCAUGACAAGUAUGGCCCCUGGUAUGGGAAGGCGAUCCAUCAGAGAUGCCAUGGUUUAAGAGCACGGCCCACAUGUUUACAGAUACAUCGCUCCAGCUCGCUCCUGAAAAACAACAUCCUUGCCAUAUUGAGCUGCAGAACAAGUCUGCAGUCUCUCGGAUCUCUAAACUUUACAAGAGCAGCCUAGCCUAGAGGUUAUUAGUUCAGCCUUGAGGCUAUGUUUUGAACAACCUAUGACCAGAUGGUUAGCACAUAGGAACCAGCUAGAAGCCAAAUGGAAUUCUGUCUGCUAACUGCACCCAGACGGCAGAGCGGGCUUUCACUGAAUUGUAGCAUCCCCAGACAUUAUUGCAUAAUCACAAAGGUAAAUCAGGUUUUACUAACUGCAACAUCUCCUUUUGAAGGCAGUCAACAUGAUUUGUAUGCAAACUUCACUUUAAUUUCCUGUGCAAUUUCUACCCAAAGCAAGUGGCUAUAAAGUAUGAUGUAAAAACUUUUAAGCAUCAUUUUAAAAAGUUUUUUUUUCCAAGUGAAAUGCCACUGCAUUGAAUUUAUUCUAAUGGGUUAGAUCCCACAUUUAAUUGGCAAAAAUUAGAGAACAUGCAACAUACAAAGGGGUAUUUUUCAACCUUUAAGUGACAUAGAAGAGCUCUAAUGUCUCUAAUUUUUUCCCUGUUGAAAAAAAAAUUGUGAAUGGAGCUCAUAUAAGACAUGCACAUUGUCUUUGAAAACAGUGUCCCAACUAAAUGGGAAAAAAAAUAAGCAAACGUUUAUAAUCAACUAGUGGGCAAUGAGGUCCUCCCACAAAUCUCUCCUUUCAGCGCCCCCUUUGCUUCUUCCUCUGAGUUCUCUAAAACAGGCAGCUAAGGAAAUAGAUACUUCAGGGUUUAGCUUUGUCCUUCCUCUUGCUUGUACAUAUUGCUAUAUUUCAAUUUUUUUCCUUCUGUUGGAAGAAACUAACUCAGAAAACCACUGGUGUGUUCUCGAAUCAGCACAAACCAAUGUCAAGGAAAACUGGGGAUUUGUCUCUCCAAAUUUCUUCCCACUGAUCCUAGACAGUCAUGAACAAUGGAAUGGCACUUGUCACUGAUCCUAGACGGUCGUGAACAAUGGAAUGGCACUUGUCAUCCUUAGCUCUUGCUUCUUGACCUACAGAUUCCUUGUCCCAAAUGUCUCCCCGUGUCAGGACAGUUUUGUUCUCAUUGCUACCGAGCUAUAUCUGGUGGCAGCCAGAAUCCCUUACUCCACCACCCCCUCCCCAGAAGUUCAACACUGAACUUUUCCCCCAGAAUAUUUUCCGACUGCUGCAGUUCAGAGGGUUUGCACUCUGCUAACAGCAGACACCAACAUGAACGAAGCCUGAGGUUUCACUGGCGUGUGAGGAGUGCACGUCAGGCCUCAGGACGGGAAUGUAAGCUUGAAGGACCUUCGCUUCCCACUCAGAUUCUAAUCUCUCAGUCAACCUCCUGGUCGAGGACACCGAGGUUGUCAGCACAAUAGAUGUAGUUUUAUCUUGUCUAGCAUAAUAAUAACUUUAAAAGGUGUUUUUAGGAUUUGAAAAGGUACAUGGUUGAUAAGUAAAAGCCAGCUUUCCUACCACAUGCUAACUUUUGCAUGCAGAUUGGCUAGCUGGAAUAACCAACCAUUUGUGGAUGGACUAUGAAACAGGAUCGACUUAGCACAGAUAUAUUUCCAAAAAUCAUCUACCAAGAAUACCUUCUUGGAUAUUGCCUUUAGGUGUGUUUUAUAACAUAGAAGAGCAGUGGGGUCUAUUUAUUGGCAAUUUCUCUGUUUCUGCAGAUACAUACUCAUUCUAUCCAAAAGCGUAACCAAACAGUUCCUGUGAUAUAAGCAUUCUAAAUUUAGAAUUAAGAGAUAGCCACAUAGAUUCACUUGUGAUUGUUAGACAGUAUCCAUACUCUAAACCAUGAGAUGGGACCUGACACCAGUCCGUGACAACUGUUGUUUUCUGUGCACUCGUUUUCUCUGCAUGUCUCUAGGAAUACACUAUGUACAUAGUGGCCACGUAUUUUGUGUCCUUUUGAGUAAGUAGGUUCAAAAGCAAUUACUAAAACGCCAUUAAGCAUGAAUGUGAUUUUAUGUGCAUCAUAUAUAUACACAUGAAUAUAAAUGUCAGUGUAAGCCUGUGCUCAGUAUGUAAGAGUAUGAAUAUAUUUUAACUGGGUUAAUAUAUAUGUUGGGAAGACCUGCCAUAAUAUGAUUAUGGUAGUUCAUUUUUCAUAACAUACAUGAGAAACACAGGAUCUCCUAACCCAUUCUGUAUAUAUUCUGAGGGGCACAAAGCUUAUGAUAACCAUGAUGACCACCAUAACUAUAACCAUGACAGAGUAGAGUGAUGUCUAUGGUCCUUUGCACUGAAACCCACAGCACUGCUACCUAAGAAGGCAUUACUUUUUGGGUGAGACUUUGAUUUUUAAAAAAUGUAAGUAAGAUUUGGAAGCUUUUCUCCAGGGUCUCUAGUUAGUAUUGUGUUAUCUGGGGAUUGUUGAGCUGACUCUUACAAAAAGCUAAGUUACUCUGUAUUGUCCUGAGUUCUCUUCAGUGAAGUUAAAAGAAUGCGAAGUCAGCAACACAAUGAAAGUAAUAGGCCUUUCUGAGCAAACCUGUUAAGACACGUGGGGGACAGGAUACUCAAUUCCUUGCUUGUUAUCUACUCUGUCAGGUAAGCCUUUGACAUUCGGGAAAUUGUGCAAUCACUUUAAAUUGAUGGGAAUCUCUGCAGGAUGAGUAACAAAUCCUAAACAGAUCUCCUAGCUGUCUUAACUCAGUGAGAGAUGUCUGUGUUUAAGAAGGAAGCAUGAGUUUGUAAUUUCACCCAGCACUAGUAGCUGUGAGCUCAGAGUUCCUGCGAAUGAAGCCAACUUUAGAGAAAUAAUGGAUAGUUCACCAGAUCCUUUAGUCUUUUCUAAAGAACUCAGUUUGUCUUCUAGAUAAUAAUAGGCUAUCUGUCUAGCUGAUGUGUUUAAAAUUACGUGGUGCUCUGUAUGUGAAACUUUAACAAUAUUUUUGAAGUAUAUAUAGUAUAUGCAUUGCUAGUUGUGUAUAUAUACAUACAUGUAGUAAAAUCUGUAUGUGUGGAGAGCAAGAGACAGGAGCCUCAAAGAAUCUCCUGUUUAAGAUGUGUUAGUACUGGUGAGUACUGGUGUUAGUACUGGUGAGUACUGGUGUUAGUACUGGUGAGUACUGGUGUUAGUACUGGUGAGUACUGGUGUUAGUACUGGUAUACUGGUGAGACUCCUCAUUCCACUGCUCAAGGGCUUCACAUGUGGCUCAGCUCAAGGCAUUCAUUUCAUUAUAAUUUUUACCAUUAAAUCCCUUAAACAUUACUCAUAAUGUUUUCAAUUUAUACAAAAACUACUCCAGUGUCUUGUACUGACUGCUGCCAAUCAGUGAAAAUGACUCCUCCCAAACCAGAAACCCUACCACUGUAACCUUGUGUGUUUGAUUUCAUGUGCACACUGCUUUUGUUUCAUGGGCUUGUAUGUAUUCCUCUUCUCUCCCCAUUCUGAAUCAAACUUCACCUCACCUUUUGUGUGAAUGGUUGAGUACACAGAAGUCAAAUCUUGUUUUCUCUGUUGAUUCUUUAACAUGAGCCAGAAUACUCCCCAUCGUCGUUUUUAACCACUUUGGGGAUUUCUUAAUGUUGGAUUAAUAUGGAUUCUGUGAAUGGGAUUUUUGAAGCAAAUUCCUAAAGCCUGUAUCAUUCUUGGAGGUCAUGUACCUAUUGUGAAAAAAAUGUGAAACUGUAUUUCUGAACCUGAAAUAAAUUAUUACAUUUGAAGGA